UUAGGAUUAGGACCAGAGAGAUAAUCUCAUAUUCAUUCUGGUAUUCGAUUGCUUCAUCUCCAAUUUGCUUAUUAUAUUCCCGUCCUUAAAAAAGCUUCAGUCAACACUAUUGACUAACUUGUAUAAUAUCUAUAUAUAUAUAUAUAUAUAUGCCAACAAUUCUAUGCUGCCAACUAUGGAGUUUUGGAAGGUUAUUACAAGAAAUCUUAUGAGGUAAUAAGAGCUCUUAAUUAAUUAAAACUCUUCAAUUUUUUUAGUUUUGGUCUGUGCAGCCAUGAGAUUUAACAUAUAUAUGUGUGUGUGUGGCAUGUUAUGUUUGGAGGUAGAUAACAUUCUGGGGAAUUUCUUGAAGGGUGAUUUAAGGUUUUUGAUGGAGUAAGGAAGCUUCUUAAGGCUCAAUGAUGGUAAUAAAGGUGAAAAAUCUUUAUUAAAGAGAUAAGGUUAAUUAGGAUGAGAGAGAAUAACAUGGCGUUGGAACUGGUUGGUGGAGCAUUGCUCAGUGUUGCACUUGACAAGCUUUUUGAAAAGUUGACUUCUCCAGCCUUUGUCAACUUCAUCAGUGGAAAGAAAACCAUUGACGACGAUUACCUGCUUAAGGAGUUGAAAAUGAAGUUGAGGAGAGCUCGUGUGCUGCUCAAUGAUGCUGAAGAGAGACAACUUGAGGAGGAAGCUGUGAGGGAAUGGCUGGAUGAACUUAAAGAUGUCAUUUACAAAGCACAGGACUUGGUGGACGACAUCGACCAUGAACUCCUAUCCAUGAGUUUGGAACGUGACCAUAAAUCCAAAACUAAAACCAAUUUCCGAAAGAAUAUCAAGACCAAGGUCUUCUCAUCCUUUUCAAAACUUGACAAAACUACUGCUGUUAAAGGUGAGAUAACCAAGAUCUUGAAGGAUCUGACACUUCUUUUAGAAAAUGAUGUUGGUCGUGAUUUGAAAGUGUUUGAAGAAACUAGUACCAGUGGAGCUUCUUCCAGAAUUCGAGUUACUCCUUGGCCAGAAAAAAACCAAGUUCAUGGAAGGGAUGAUGAUAAAGAUAAGAUAAUUGAGCUAUUGUUGUCAAAUAAUAUUUGGGGGAGUAAGAUAGGUGUGCUUCCCAUAGUGGGUAUGGGUGGCCUUGGCAAGACCACCCUAGCUCAGCUUAUCUACGAUGAUAACAGAUUCGAAGAACAAGGUUUUCAAUACAAAGCAUGGGUUACUGUAUCAACAGAUUUUGAUGCUUUCAGAAUAAUGAGGAUUAUAUUGCAACAAAUCAAUCCAAGCGGUAGAGAUGACUACUUCGACGAACCAACAAUACUUCAACGUUCGUUGAAUGAAGCUCUUAAAGGUAAGAAAUUUCUCAUUGUGCUUGACGAUGUUUGGGAUGAGGAUUACAACAAUUGGAGUGUAAUAUGGAGCACAUUUGGAUUUGGAGAGUGUUCCAGCAGAAUCAUCGUGACUACUCGCAGCAAAAAAGUUGCAUCGAAUGUAAAAACUAUGCCAAUCUAUGAAUUGCAACUAUUAGAAGAUGAGCAUUGUUGGAAAAUAUUUGUGGAGCAUGCCUUUGGUGGAGACUCAAAUGCAGACCAGUUCUUGGAAGAAAUAGGUAGAAAACUUGUUGACAAAUGUGGAGGAAUCCCAUUGGCUAUAACAUCUCUUGGUGGUCUUUUGAGGUCUGAAAAUGAUCCAAAACAUUGGGAAGGAAUUCUAAACAACCAUGCAUGGAAGACAAACAAAAUUCUUCCAUCUUUAUGGUUAAGCUAUCGUUACUUACCUUCGCCUUUGAAACAAUGCUUUACUUAUUGCUCUGUGUUUCCCAAAGAUUAUGAAUUUGAGAAGAAGGAAAUGAUCUUACUAUGGAUGGCAGAAGGCUAUCUGCAAUGUGAUCAGAAACAAAAGCAAAUGGAAGAAAUUGGAGAGGAGUAUUUCAAUAACCUUAUAUCAAGGUCAUUAUUUCAAAGAUCAAGAAAGCCUUAUGGGGAAAGAUUUGUCGUGCAUGAUCUUGUACAUGAUUUAGCUAUGUUUAUAUCAAGAGAGUUUUGCUUGGCAUUAGAUGACAACAACAAAUCGAAGCUUUUUUCGAGGAAGAUUCAUCACUUAUCAUUCGCACUAGUCCCAGACCAUUAUGAUCAUCAUGAGUCCUUGAAGACAUGUCUCUGCAAAGCCAAAAAUCUACGCACCUUCAUAGGACAAGGACAAGGACACUUAAAUUUCAUACCUUCAUAUGAUGGUGUGGUCAAAGAAUUGAUAGCAACAAAAAGCCAUUUGAGAGUAUUCUGCUUGUGUAUGUCAUCCUUGCACAAUUCAAUAGCGAAUGAUCUAAAACAUGUAAGGUAUUUGAACUUAUCCCAUAGUCAUAUUAGAGAGAUACCAUGUUCGCUUUGCACUAUGUACAAUUUGCAGACAUUGUUAUUGUCACAUUGUGGAAAUCUCAAUAGGCUUCCAAAGGACAUGGGAAGACUAGUCAAUUUGCGCCAUCUUGAAACUACUGGGUCCGGUCUAGUGGAGAUGCCCCCACAAAUGGGUAAUUUGAAACAGUUGCAAACAUUAACUGAUUUCAUUCUGAGUGACACUGAUCAUGGUUCUGGCAUUAGAGAGUUAGUAGAGUUGCAACAUUUGGGUGGCCAUCUUUGCAUUUCAGGGCUUCAAAAUGUGACUGAUGUUGAUGACAUUGUAAGAGUAAAUUUGAGGAGCAGGAAGAAGCUUAGUGAUCUAUGUUUCGAAUGGAAAUGUGAUACUACAUGCACAAGAAGAGAGCAAUUUGGAAAGGUACUUGAAGCACUUGAACCACACAGAAACUUAGAGAAACUAACCAUUAGAUAUUACCCAGGUUCAAGUUUUCCAAGAUGGGUUGGAGAUUCUCAAUAUUCAAGAAUAAUUUCAGUAGACCUGUGUGGUAAUAAGAGCUGUGUUUUCUUACCACCGCUGGGGCAGUUACCUUUUCUUAAAGCUCUUAAGCUCAAAGGGUUCGAUGAGGUGGAGAGCAUGGGGGCUGAAGUUUAUUAUGGCAAUAAUUCUUUUGGUGCUAUAGCUCCAUUUCAAAGUUUGGAAAGGUUGAGCAUUGAGAAGAUGGCGAAAUUGAAGAAGUGGUUAUUUGUUGGAGAUGAUGAGAAAGAAGGUGGAUGUUUCCCUCGUUUGAAACGUCUUUGGUUGUUUCAUUGUCCAAACACAACUGACUACUUACUACCCGAUGGCCAUGAAAUAGAAUCUCUCCAAAUUGAAGAUAGCUACAAAUUAAUGGAAUAUCUUCCUUUGAACCGCUACCCAAGGCUUGAAUGGCUUUGUUUAUGGGAUUGUGAUUUCGUAAAGUCACUACCAUUACAAAACUUCCCAAGCCUUAAAUGGCUUUUCUUGAAUGAAUGUGAUCACUUGGAAUCCCUUAUCGUUCCACCAAAAAUAGAAGUUCUGUCUGAAGGAGGACUAGUCUCAAAAUUAGAAUUGCUUAAAAUUGAUAAAUGCAACAAAGUCUUGGCACAACAUGCACAGUGGGAUUUGGAAGGACUAAAGUCUCUCAAGUCUUUAGUGGUAAAGAAUUGUGAUGUGGUAUUGGAUUCAUUCCCAGGAGGAUCUCUUCCUUUCUCUUUGACUAGCUUGGAACUUGAUUCUCUUAGCUGCCUUCGGAGCUUGAAUGAAAAUACGUUUCAAAAGCUCACAUGCCUUGAGAGUUUAACGAUUCGCCAUUGCAGUGAGCUUCAUAAUAUUCCAGAACAAGGAUUGCAGUGUCUCAGUUGUCUUCAAUCCUUGGUCAUACGGAAUUGUGGUGUACUUGAACGAAGAUACCAAAGAGGGAAAGGGGAAGGCUGGGAUAAGAUCUCCCACAUUCCCCACAUAAGCAUUUACGGAAUGACAAUUAUUUCAUGACUCGUUUAAAGGCUAUCUUCGAGAGGAAGAAGGCUUCCCUUCGAAAGAAGACUCAUCGCCAACCAUUGAAAGGAGUUCAAAUAGAAAGCUAAUAUUGAAGAAGCUGGAUUAGUAUGUGGUGUAACCUCAUUAGAAGUUUAUAUUAGUUGUUUCUUUCCUCUGUAUUUUGGCUCUUAUAAAUACCUGGUGUGCUGUUACUUUCUAAUUCAAUAAAAAAACAUAUUCGUUUA